UCAUGCCCAUGAUGGUCAGUUGGGACGGCUGGUCUGACGACAACUGGUCCGAUGGUCUGAUGGGCACGGGCGCAUUCUUUUCGCAUAUGUUGCUGGCGGCCUGGCUCGCUGGCCAGAGAAUGAAGCUCCGCGAGGCACUCGGGGACCCGGCGCCCGAGAGUCGGUGGACGAAGGACUUCUGCUGCUAUUGGUGGUUCCCCUUCUGCAUGGCCGUGCAGGAGGGCAGGCAGGUGGACGAGAUCACCAAUGUUCAUACCAAGUGCUGCUUCCGAUUGGGUGAUGGAAACCUGCUCAAGCCCGUUUGCGAGGACUUACGGCGACCUGGACGGGCCCCCCCGGGGGCGAUGCGGCCCUCAGCCGUGGUCGGACAGCCGGUGGGAGCUCCCGCGGUCCCAGUGAAGCUGGGCACGGCGGGGAAGGUAGCAGACCCCAAGUAGCAGCCAAUCCCUGCCGAGCCCUGGCUGCUCUCCUGAUCCGCUGUCCUUCCCGCGCGAGCAGUUCGUGAAGAACGCGAGUCAUGGCCACCUGCCUUUUUCGGUACGCAGUCCCUCGGCGCCGCCCUAAUUGGGUGGAAGCGUGGACUGGCCCGACGCUGAGGGCAUGACAUUUCACCUGUCCCAGCGAGAUGCUCUGCCCCCUUUGCAGGCCUGGCAACCUCUCUCCGCCGGUGCCGCCGCCAUGGGGCGGGCACGUCGCGCAGCAUCUUCCUCGCACGUGCCAGCAGCCAUCCAUAAAAGCACUGGCCGCACCAGAAGACGGCCCCAGAACGGCCCAUCAGAGAGCGGAUGGGCCGCCCGCUCGCGGCGCGGCGCGCCGGAGGGAGCGAACGGUCAGGUCAAUCCUCCUGCAAGAUCGAGGCUUGGGACAGUCUCGG